GUUCACAAAAAUAUAGAACCCAGUAAUUUAUACCCGGACACAUAUUCACUCUCCAUCUAUCUCAGUGUCUCCUUCUCUCUUAAACAGUCUGAACCAGAGCAUUAAGCAUUGAGAAAACAAAGAAAACCAGACCAAACCAAACACCAUGGUGUGGUCUAGAUCAAGCACACCAUUGAUUCUUCUUCUUGGUUUUGUUUUGUCUCUCUUUCUCUGCACAUCUUCCUCACCCACCAUUGUGUCUUCUACUCAGACUGAGAUUCUACGUUUUGCGGAGGUUGGUGAAAGUGAGAAUGGAAUAGUGGCGCCAUGGGAAACGAGGAGGCAUCUUGAUGAAGAGACCUCAAACUCAACUCUGAUACUGGCAGCGAAGAGAACAAGAAGGAGAGAUCCUUUGGAUAACCUUAAGCGAUAUACUGGUGGUUAUAAUAUCAGCAAUGACCAUUACUGGGCUUCUGUGGCUUUAACGGCUGCUCCCUUCUUUGUCAUUGCUGGAGUUUGGUUUGUGCUGUUUGGACUGUCUCUGGCAUUUAUCUGUCUCUGUUAUUGCUGUUGUCGAAGAGAACCUUAUGGCUAUUCGCGAAUAUGUUAUGCCCUUUCCGUCAUUUUCCUUAUUCUCUUUACAAUUUCUGCAAUCGUAGGAUGUGUGGUUCUCUACAAGGGCCAACAGAAGUUUCAUAGUAUUACAACACACACAUUGGAGUAUGUUGUGAGCCAGGCAAACGUUACUGCUGAAAACCUCAGGAAUGUGUCAGAUUAUCUUGCUGCAGCAAGAAGUGUUUCUGUGGAUAAUAUUUUUCUACCAGGAAAUGUCCGGAACAGCAUUGAUAACAUUGAAAAACAGAUCAAUUCAUCCAGUACCACCCUUUCCAGUCGUACACAGGAUAAUUCUGAGGAUAUACAACAUGGUUUGGAUAGCAUGAGACUGGCUCUUAUCAUCCUUGCUGCUGUUAUGCUUGGUUUGGCAUUUCUUGGAUUUUUAUUUUCAAUUUUGGGAAUGCAGUGUCUUGUAUACUUCUUGGUGAUCCUUGGGUGGAUUCUUGUCGCGGGAACAUUUAUUUUGUGUGGUGUAUUUCUACUUGUCCAUAAUGUGGUUGCAGAUACCUGUGUUGCAAUGGAUGAGUGGGUUCUGAACCCCACUGCCAAAACAGCCAUGGAUGAUAUAAUUCCUUGUGUCGACAAUGCAACUGCUCAAGCAACCUUGCGACAAACCAAGGAAGUGACUUAUCAACUUGUCAACGUGGUUGAUGGCAUCAUAAAAAAUGUAUCCAACAGAAAUUUCCCUCCUCAAAUAGGACCUCCUUUAUUUUACAAUCAGUCCGGUCCACUGAUGCCUGGUCUUUGCAACCCAUUUAAUUCUGAUUUCACAGACCGGCAGUGUGUUGCUGGUGAAGUGGAUUUGAGCAAUGCCACUGAGGUAUGGAAGAGUUAUACCUGUGAUGUUUCAUCAUCUGGAAGUUGUAUAACACCCGGUCGAGUGACUCCCGAUCUGUAUAACCAAAUGGCAUCUGCAGUAAACUUGAGCUACGGGUUGUAUCAUUAUGGUCCUUUCUUGGUUAAUUUGGAAGACUGCACUUUUGUUCGACAGACAUUAACCGUCAUCAGCAGCAAAUAUUGUCCAAAGUUGAGGCGAUAUAGUGAAUGGAUCUACGUUGGGCUAGUAUUGGUUUCUGCUGCUGUAAUGCUGUCAUUGAUCUUCUGGGUAAUCUAUGCAAGAGAGCGAAGGCAUCGUGUAUACACUAAGCAAUUCAUGUCCAGAGGCCUGGAACACCAAGCGAAGACCUCAUAGACCGAUAGACAUGUCCUAAAUUAUUAGGUUUCUUACCUCUUAUCUUGUGUAUAUCUUUGGUAACAUGUAUUGCUAAUAUUUUUGAACUUUGUACAUUAUUUUAGUCCUCCUUAGGCUUGGGUAUUCCUUAGGAUAACUCUCUAUGAGAUAGAAAUGGUGUGUUACAUCCCCUGUAUUAAAAUAUUAUUUGCUCAUCUUCUGCUAUUCCUAUGCUAUUUCAUCUGAUUUUUUUU